CUCUCAUUUGAUUGAUAGUGGAUUAUUGGGAAUUGGCUUCAAGAGUGUGUUUUUGAUCACAGAUCGGCCUUACAUCUUUAGUAAUGGCUAUCAGAUAAGGUUCAAUAAGGAGCCUUGUCUGCAUUGCAAUCUCGGGUACAUUGUUCCUGAAUGGGUUGAGGAAAAUCCUACUCUAUCUGACAUACAACAGAUAUAUAGUUCUGGUUCUGCCCUUCCAACCACAACGCUGAUCUUACCUCUAAAGCCCGACGAGGUCCAUCCUGUGAAGCAGCAGCUCUCAAGUAUGCAUCCGGAAGUUCUCUUGUUUCUUUCAAAGAUUAAGCGACUCUCAGUUAGGGAAGAUAAUAAGGAUCCAAGGCUCAACACUGUGAGCGCAAUAUCAAUAUCAAGUGAGAUAGAUCUUGUGGCGCGGAAGAAUAUUGAUGCUCAGUCCUACACGCUCCACCUCUCUGCAGAAGAAAAUGGUGACGGCAACAAAAAUUGUAGCUAUUAUAUGUGGAAGCAGAAGUUUCCUGUCAGGCAAGAAUUCAGAGAGGAGAGGAGAAUGGAGGUCGAUGAGUGGGUGAUCACGCUAGCAUUUCCAUAUGGGGAGCGCCUUCAUAGAGGAACAAGCUCACCCGGGGUCUACGCAUUCCUUCCAACUCAGAUGUUUACAAAUUUGCCCUUCAUAAUUCAGGCAGAUUUUCUGUUACAAUCAUCAAGAGAACAUAUUGUCUUGGACAGCAAGUGGAAUCAAGGAAUUCUUAAUUGUGUGCCUGUUGCAUUCCUCAAAGCAUUUAUCACCCUCGUGAAAACUGUAGGAGAUGCACCAGUUUCUAGUUUGCCUCCUUACUUUAGGUUCUUACCUGUCCAGAACACCCCCUAUGAUGAAUUGAAUGUUGUGAGGGAGUCAAUCAAAGCACUGCUUAUUGAGGAAGACAUUGUACCAACCAAGUCACACAAGCAGAAGUUCUUCCAUAAACCUCGCGAAGUGGGUAGGUUGUUGCCUGCUUUCUGGAAUAUUUUGAGAAAGGCAAGCAAUCAAAGGGUUAGCUUGGGGAACAUCUCUUCCCAUGGAAGAUAUGUUUUGUGUGAUUCAUUUGACAAAGCGGAGUAUGAUCACAUUCUGAAUUUCCUUGGAGUUGAACCAGUCGACGAUGAGUGGUAUGCUAAAUGCAUUCAGAGUUCCGAUAUUGUAGCCGGAGUGUCGAAUGAUGUCUAUUUGGAGCUUCUUUUGUUUGUCUCCGAUAAAUGGAGGUGGACAUUCCACUGCACCAACAUCAAGAACAUUCCACUGAUAAAAUAUGUGGAUUUUGACGAGAGUGUAUCAUUCUGCAGCUUAAGCGCAAUGCGGAUUGGUGAAAAGAAGAUUUUCCUAUCCCGUCUUUCUUGUCAUGUCUCAUGGUUGAUUGAUUGGAACAAGGAAUUUAUAUCCGCAGCGAGUCUUCUUUUUAUGCCAGAAAUAACCCAGCGAGCUCUCCAGUCAUGUUCUAGGAAGGAGGAGUUGGUGAAAUGGCUCGCAGAAGAAAUGAAGGUUGAUGCUGUAAGUGUUUACGAGUAUGCAGUUCGCCUCGAUCAUUCUCUUGGCAAUGAGCGAAAACCUGUUGUUGCAUAUGCCCACUUUUUGUAUCAUUCAUUGUGCAAUAAGUAUAUCUCUACUUAAGAAGUUGAUCAUUUAUGUCGUAAAAUGCCACUUGUGAAUAACUACGGCUACGUUAAUAGACAAAGGAGAGGGCUUAUUGUCCCUGCCAAUGAAAGCAAAUGGGCUGAUUUGACUGAUUCAAAUCUGUGGAUCGAAGAAGGCUAUGUCGAGUUAGGAGAAUACUAGUAAAAAUGCCCGCGCGUUGCUGCGGGACUUGAAUGCACCAACC